AUGACUGAAGCCCCACAAUUAUCUCAUCUAAAGAACGGGAAUCAAAACAUGCCAAUAUUUUGCGAUGAACCAGGUUGUAAUAAGUCAUUUAAGAGAACAGAUCAUCUUACCAGACAUAAACGAAAUCAUGUAUCUAAAAAUUUGUUCACUUGUACAUGGUCUGGGUGUACUAAAUCUUUUGUUAGGAGAGAUGUAUGGUCUAAGCAUAUGCAACGUCAUGUUGCUAGACAAGAAAAACAGAAGCAGGAUCUUCAAAAUGGCCCAAUACAAUUUUUAGAGAUCUAUACGCCUAAUUCUAAUUUUGAUGAAGUAGCUAGGAAAAGAAGAAAGUCCUCUAAUAUUUCAUCAAUUUCCAAGAACCAUGACGAAAACCACUCACUGAACGAUCAUCAAUGGGUACAUAUUCCAAAUCAUAAAUUCCAAAAUGAGCAAAUACCUUUGUUGGCUAACUCAAAGAAAUCGGAUAUAAGUGAAUCUUCUCUACUGGAUAGACAAAAAAACACAGAAGUUUCAUGCUCCAGUGAUGAAUUUCAGGAGUUAAAUUCUCAAACGAAUGAGGAAAAUAUUGAUAUGGAGAUAAGUCGAACCGCUAAUUAUCGUUGUAGCACUAACACGGAUGUCAAUUCAGCGACUAAAAAUUUGACAAAUAGUACCGUAAAUAAUGCCAAAUAUUCUGAAAAUACUGAAGGAUAUCUGAAUAUUGACAAUAAUAAAAGACCUGCUUCUAUGGAUUUUGGUAAUUUGAUUUGUGGACCAGAGACAAAUAAAGAUACUCCUACAGAAUUAAUACAUUGGAUGUUGAAUGGGCAUGCACUGUACUCAGAACCAUUCCACAAAUAUUUAGAUUAUUCGCCAGAUUCUCCAUUAAAGAACUUGUUAAAUAUUUCCUCGCCCUUCCCAAUCUCAAAUUAUCAAGUUGAUAUAUCGGAUACUACAAAAUCAAAGUUGGUUGAAUUCAUUCCUUCGCUUCUGUGUAAUCCAGAUUUCAAUAUAAGACAUAUUAAAGAAUGCUUAGGAUCGUAUUGGAAUAUAUUUCAUGUCCAAUACCCAAUUUUGCAUAAGCCAUCUUUUUCCACCUUAGAAGCUCAUCCACUAUUGUUGUUAAGCAUGAUUUCAAUGGGAGCCUCUCUUCGUUCCCGUAAUAACAGAUUUGAUUGUAAUUCUUUUAAAAAUAUACAUAAGUUAGCAGAUGAAAUUGCUGAACCUUUGAGAUGGCUUAUUUUCUCAACUAGUGAAUUGACAGCACACAUUACACCAUGGGUUAUUCAAAGUUUGUUGAUCGUAGAGUGCUAUGAAAAUUCAUGUUCUAACAGAAGGUUACAUCAGCGUGCUUACUUACAUCAUGGUCUAAAGAUUCAAUUGUUAAGACGGAGUCCUUUACUUGGUGGAAAUUCUCUGAGAAAUACUAAUAGCGAUGAUGGCUUAACUGAUGAGGUCGAUGCCUGGAAAAAGUGGAUUGACAUAGAAUCGUUGAAGCGAUGUGCAUUUAUGGCCUUCUUAAUCGAUGCCAUUCAUGCAACUAUUUAUGGACAUGAGACAAUUCUCUUCACACAUCAAAUAAAAUUAUCACUUCCUUGUGACGAAAUACUAUGGGAAAUGACAGAUUUUAAAAGCAAUUAUUUGCCGCCAAGGACAGAGACGCCUAAGUUUUUGAAUGCGUUAUCAAAGCUGCUUCAUAAGGAAAAAUUUGAAACUGGAGCGUUUAAUAAAAGGAUUCUCUUUGCCGGACUUUUAACCACUAUGUUUGGAAUGGAGCAAAGGGAUAUUCAAAUCAAAGAGUUUGAAUGGGAAUCCGUUAAGUCUUCAUGGAAGGAAACAAUAUUUGGUGCAAUAGAGUUUUGGUUUGAAGAUAUGUGCCACGGAAGUUGUUGCAAUAUAACGACUGGAUACUAUGUACCUUCGGAUUUUGAAACGCUACCUGCUUCUUUGAAAGUAGACGAUACAACUUGCAAGCUAGCGAUGUAUCACCUUUCUCAAGCUUUUCUACGAGUUCAGCAAUAUGAUUGUAUCAUAUAUGCUGGAGCCCCUAGUAGAAUGAAUGUUAGAACUAAUUACAGUGAUUAUGAAAUUGUGAAGAAAAGGAUUCAUGAGUGGGCAAAUUCUUAUAAUGGAAGAAUAUCAGUUGUUCAUGCCUAUUUAUUUAUUUCUGAGAUGUUAUUGAGUCUGAAUGAAUCUAGAGAAAAUAUUCUAUUGUCAUAUGAUCCCAAUGAAGACCCAAUUCUAUAUAGGCCAAAUGUUGUUGCUUCAUUAUUGUUUGUAAUAUGGUGCUACAAUUAUUGUUUAGAAGGACCCGAAUCCAAUACCUAUCCAAAUCCUAACCAAACCACUUCCACUUUGACUUUGAAUAGUCAAAAAACAGGUCUGAAUUUUGAUAUGGCUACAAAACUAUCUACCAAGUACCUACCGGAGAAAGUAAACGGUUAUCGCUAUAUAAGCCGUAUUAAUGCAUCAUUUAAACUGUGUUCUAUUGGUCCAGUUAAGCUGACAUUUGUUGAUAUUUAUGCGAAAGCUUUAGAUCAAGUCAUGGAAAAAAAUUGCACUGUUGGUUUAUUAAGACUUUUUAAAGACAAAUACGAAAAUUGCAAUUCUCAAAUUUGUCAAGAGUAUGGUAAGCUUUUAGAAAAUUGUAUCCAAAGGAGUUUAGGUAAAACAGAUGUUAUCUGUGAUAAUAUGUAUGAAAAUUCUUCCUAG